GAAUGAGCAAACUGUUUAUGUCGUUUAUGUUAUUUAUUAUUUGAGCAUAUAAUUUGGGUUAAUUGUUUUCAUUUUGGUUCAGUUGUAUAACUGAACUUCUGCGCAGUUAUGAAUAAUGAACAUGUUCAAAUUAAAGCUGAACCUGAUACUGAAUCAGACAUUGAACAAAACAUUCCACGUUAUCUUGUACAACCCGAUGUGCCAAACAUUGAGACAAUCGACUUAACCAAUGAUGAAUUUACUAGCGAAUUUGAAAAUUUUUUGUGCAACAUUCCAAAUCAUCGCAAACAAUCACAAAAGCAAUUUAAUCGUAAUAAAAAACCGGUUACCGAGCUAAUUACCCUACAAGUUGCCCAUGUUCAUCUCAUCGAUUUCUACCAAGAUGUGCAGCUUGCAACUUUGUUUGGAAUUGAUUUCAAAAACGUAAUGGUCUACGGAAGAAUUAUUCCAAAAAAAGUUAAGGAACACAACAAUACUCAUAUAUACCAGUUAGAUGACGGAUCCGGAACAGUAGAAGUACAUUUCGCCCAUGGUUUACCUAAAGAUUUGGACAACCUAAUUAAAGUAAGCAAUUGUGAAGAUAUUCUGAAGACAGGAACUCCAUUGAAUGAAGACAAGGUACCUGAAAAUCCGGAUCACAAAGCAGCUCUGAAAUUGCUUCUCGGUUUGGUGAAAACCCGCUGUCAACGAAGAUUGGAAGGUUUCAAGCUAGGAAGCCGUUGUUUUGCUAUCGGCCGACCAUUCAUAAAUUGGUCUGACCAAGUAUCAAUUUACGCACAUAGUAUGUAUGCCGACGAAGACAAAGGUGGAAAAUCAGCGGAAGUAUUCUGGAAAACUCAUUUAGCAACGUGUUAUGAACGCGAAUAUUCGGCCUCUUUAGGUUGUUCAUAAAACCAGACUGAAAUUUUCGAAGCAAAGUUGGAACUACGUUGGAAUGGGUUA